GAGGUACUAGACUUUACAAAUACGAACAUAGAUCCCCUGAGCAUAUGUACUCUUUAGUUCUCUCAUUGCGACUGUUAGCCGUGUAUAGUACUCUUUUUAAUGGACACCGGGUUUUCUCCACACUACUACUGCUACCUCAAAUCUCCACCGCCGUGGCUUCUCCUUCUUCUUCCACUAGCUCUAGGCUUGUUCAAGCUUCUGUCCAUCUUUGCGGCAAUUCUCAAUUGGGUGUGGGUCUAUUUCCUCCGACCCGGCAAGAGCCUCAAGGAGUACGGGUCGUGGGCUCUGGUGACCGGGCCCACCGACGGCAUCGGGAAGGCGUUUGCUUUCCAGCUGGCGCGGAGGGGGCUCAAUCUGGUGCUGGUGGGGCGGAACCCGGAGAAGCUGAAAGAUGUUUCCGGGUGGAUCCGGGAGAAGUACGGGGAGACCCAGAUUAAGACGGUGGUGGUGGACUUCUCCGGCGACUCGGACGACGGGAUUCGGAGAAUCCGGGAGGCGAUCGAAGGGCUGGAUGUGGGGGUGCUGGUGAACAACAUGGGAGUUUGCUAUCCGUACCCCAAGUAUUUCCACGAGGUGGAUGAGAAGGUGGUGGGGGAUGUGCUGAAGGUGAACGUGGAAGGGACGACGAAGGUUACGAAGGCGGUUUUGCCUGGGAUGCUCAUUAGGAAGAAGGGAGCUAUCGUCAACAUCGGCUCCGGCUCCGCCAUUGUCAUCCCGUCAGCUCCCCUUCACGCUGUUUAUGCUGGCACUAAAGCAUAUGUUGAUCAAUUCUCAAGAUGCCUUUAUGUGGAGUACAAGAAAAACGGAAUUGAUGUGCAAUGUCAGGUGCCUCUAUAUGUUGCAACAAAAAUGAUAUCCACGAGAAGAUCGUCGUUCUUCAUUCCAUCCCCAGACGGUUACGCUAAGGCAGCCUUGCGUUGUAUAGGUUAUGAAGAGAGGUGCACGCCAUAUUGGCCACAUUCUAUUCAACUGGCAUUGCUUCAUUAUGUUCCUGAAUCGUUCUUUGAUGCUUGGCGCUUGAAGGAUAUGCUCCAAAUUCGGGAGAAGGGACUACUCAAGGACUCCAUUAAGAAAAAGAAAUAAUAACAAUAAUUGAACAAAGAAAUGCCCUAAAUUUUAUUACAACGUUAUCAUUUGCACACUUUUGAUCUAUCAUCUCCUGCUUUGCAUUAUUAUUCUAUUUGAAAGUGCUAGUUUGUUUGUUAUCUGAAAUUGAUUCAAGGGGCAUCGCAUUGAGGGCAGGAUUGUGUAUUUUUAUUUUGAUGAAUAUGAUAAAUAUAAAACACUUCAACAUUCAGUUCAUAGUUUAAAACUUUAAACAUUUGUG